AUGGCACCAAAUCCACUUGCCAAUUGGGAAAAGAUUGGAAACAGCUUCUAUCGCAAGAUCGCAGUCUAUGACGCCAUCUUUGAGGAUGAAGUGGAGUUAGAAAACUACCUUGUCGCGGGUGCCCCCUACGGUGGAGCGAUUGCAUUACACCGCGACGAGACCAAGCCGCUAAGGUUGCGAGAUGGACAGGGGUCUCGCUCGACUGUUGACGUUCAUUCUUGUUCUGGACAACGUAUCAACCGGAUCAAUUGGGAGCAAGCCACAAUCAGAGGGUUGGGCUGGUCUGACAAGGAAGAGCUGUUAAUUGUCUCCGAGGACGGCACGGUACGACGAUAUCUCGGGCUAGAUGGCGAGUUCACGUCCUUCUCACUUGGCAAUGUGAGUAAAUCUUCCUCCGAUGAAAGUGCAAUGCUGAUUAUGCACCAGGGUGCUGAGGAAUAUGGUGUGAGAGCUUGUCAGUUCUGGUCGUCAGGUCUCGUGGCAUUGCUUUCCAAUAACCAACUAAUUGUUGUAUCCAAAUAUGAUGAGCCGCGUCCACGACUCUUGGCACCUUGUCCAGAGGGCGAGGUAUCUUCUUGGACAUUGAUACCCCCAGCUCAUACUUUGUCGCGUUCCGUCGAGGUUCUUUUGGCAGUUGAUAAAGCAGUCUUCUUGAUUGAUACAACGGAAGCAGAAGAAAAAAUAUCACAAAAUGGACCCUUCAAGCAUAUCAGCGUAUCCCCCGAUGGGCUAUCUGUUGCGCUUUUCACCGCAGAAGGGAAACUAUGGGUUGUCAGCAACGACUUCCAAAGCGAACCCAGUGAAUAUGACUCAAAAUCACGGGUACCGCCAAGCACAGUGACUUGGUGUGGCAAGGAUGCAGUGAUUCUGGCCUGGGAGGAUGAAAUUCACCUUGUAGGGCUGAAUGGAGUUGCGUCGAAAUACUAUUAUGACGGCCGCGUUCAUGUGAUCCCUGAAUUUGAUGGGGUUCGCUUGAUCACCAACGACACAUGUGAAUUUUUACACAAGGUCGCAGGUGUCACUGAAGAGAUAUUCCGCCUUGGCUCUUCUUCCCCCGCUUCGGUGCUUCUGGACUCGGUAGAUCAACUAGAGAAGAAGUCGCCCAGGGCUGAUGAGAACAUCCAGCGAAUCCGAUCGAGUCUGCCCUCGGCGGUCGAUACAUGCAUAAAAGCAGCAGCCCUUGAAUACGAUGGCUUCUGGCAAAAGCGCCUUUUGAAAGCUGCCUCGUUUGGCAAGUCCGUUCUUGAUCUCUAUAAUAGUGACGAAUUUGUUGAGAUGACCGAAAAGCUGCGCGUUCUCAAAUCGUUGAGAGACUACAGGAUUGGCUUGCCGCUGACCUAUGAGCAAUACCUACGCCUCACGCCAGAUGGUCUCAUUGAACGCCUGAUCAACCGUCAUGAGUAUCUGCUCGCAAUUCGGAUUUCAGAAUACCUUCAAAUUCCCGCAGACAGAGUCUAUGUUCAUUGGGCCAGUCAAAAGGUUAAGGUGUCAACUGUCGAUGAUGAAGCCGUGUGCAAACUGAUUGUGCAAAGACUUGAUGGCAAACCAGGAAUCUCUUUUGAGGCAAUCGCCCAAGCGGCCUACAAUGAGGGUCGAUCUCAUUUGGCUACCCAAUUGCUAAACCAUGAACCUCGGGGUGGCAAGCAAGUUCCUUUGUUGUUAAAUAUGGAAGAAGAUGAGCUUGCCCUUGACAAGGCUAUCGAAAGUGGAGAUGACGACCUGGUGAACUACGUCCUUUUACACCUCAAGAGCAAGCUCCCUUUAGCAAGUUUCUUUCGACUCAUCAAUACUCGUCCCAUGGCAUCUGCGCUCGUUGAGACAGCUGCACGAGGCGAAGACACAGAACUACUCAAAGAUCUUUUCUAUCAAGAUGAUCGACCCAUUGAUGGAGCCAAUGUGCUAUUAACCGAGGCACUACGCGAGUCUGAUCGGGCACGCCAAGCGGAAAAGCUACAACUGGCAGCUCGCCUUUUGUCGGAUUCCAAGGAGCCUACUGUUGUUUUGAACCAAAAAUUAGUCACCGAAGCUUCUCAGCUUCUGAAAGCCCAAGAGGCAUUGGACAAAGACUUGGCAGAUAACAGCGAGUACCUUGGUCUCAGUCUAAAUGAGACAAUUUAUCGACUUAUUCGAGCGGGCUACAGUAAGAGAGCACAGAAGAUCCAGAGUGAAUUCAAAAUGCCGGAGAAGACAUUUUGGUGGCUAAGAUUGAGAGCAUUGGUGGCAAAACGUGACUGGGGGGAGCUGGAGGAAAUCGCUAAGGUCAAGAAAUCCCCAAUUGGGUGGGAGCCUUUCUACAACGAGAUUUUGGGUGCUGGAAACACAAAGCUUGCUUCAGGGUUUGUGCCGAAGUGCACACACUUGCCUCCUGCCGAGAGAAUUGAAAUGUGGGUAAAGUGCGGAAUGAUAGUGAAGGCGGGAGAAGAGGCGCAAAAGGCCAAGGACCUCAACACUCUGGAACUCCUCCGGACCAAGGCAUCUGGCCCCGCAGCCACCGAGAUCGAGCGCAUGAUCAACCAACUAAGGCCGAGGAAAUGA